UUCACAACAGUUUUAAAUAAAACGUACAAGUGAUAAUUUCACCAGAGAAAAUACAAAAUAAAUCUCGUUAAAGUAGUGAAUGCAAAUCUCGCUUUAAAAUGUGGAUAGAAUUCUUAAUAUUAUUAACCUUGGCCGGUUAUUUGUUUUAUCGUUGGGCCACCGUCAAUAAUAAUUUCUUCAAAGAACGCGGCAUACCUUAUUCAAAACCAACAUUGUUAUUUGGAAAUUUUCUUAAAAUGGUUUUAAGAAAAAAAUCAAUGUUUGAUUUAGUUAUUGAUAUUUACAAUGAACAUGAUGGCAAAAUAUAUGGCGUCUUCGAUCAACGACAACCUCUAUAUUUAAUUCGUGACCCAGAAGUAAUCAAACAGAUUGCAAUUAAGGAUUUUGAUCAUUUUAUCAAUCAUCGUUCAAUAUUCGGUGAUGAGACUGAUGAUAAUCAUAAAAAUUUAUUUGGUGCCUCAUUGUUUAUGAUGAAGGAUAACAAGUGGAAGGACAUGCGCAGUACUUUGAGUCCAGUAUUUACAGGUAGUAAAAUGCGUCAAAUGUUCCAAUUGAUGAAUGAGGUGGCCCAAGAGACAUUGGCCUAUUUAAAGAAGCAGAAGGGUGUAGGUUCUAAUGAUGGCAUUGAUGUCAAAGAUUUUAUAACACGUUUUACCAACGAUAUUAUUGCAUCGACUGCAUUCGGUUUGAAAGUCAACUCGUAUACGGAUGAAAAUAAUGAAUUCUAUAUGAUGGGCAAGAAAGUGACCACAUUUUCAUUUCUACAAAAUUUGAAAUUUAUGUGUUACGUCAAUUUUAAAAAAAUCAUGAAGCUUUUGGACAUUCAACUUUUCGACAAGAAACAGACCGACUACUUUAUGCAUCUCGUCUUGGAUGCCAUGCAAUAUCGCAAAGAACACAAUAUCAUCAGACCCGAUAUGAUUAAUAUGCUGAUGGAAGCCAGAGGCAUGUUGAAGACAGAUAAUCCUAAACCAAGUAAUCGCGAAUGGAGUGAUGUUGAUAUUGUCGGUCAAUGUUUCUUAUUCUUCUUUGCUGGUUUUGAAACCUCUGCUUCUCUAACAUGUUUCACCGCUCACGAGCUAAUGGAAAAUCCAGAAUGUCAAGAAAAGCUUUUAGAAGAAAUUCAAGAAGUUGAACAAAACCUCGAUGGUAAGCCCUUAACGUAUGAGGCCUUGCAAAAUAUGCGUUACAUGGAUAUGGUGGUGCAGGAAUGUUUGCGUAAAUGGCCCGGUGCAGUUGCCAUUGAUCGUGUUUGCAAUAAGGACAUAACAUAUAAUUUGGAUAAUGGGGAAAAAAUGGAAUUGAAAAAAGGUGAUGUUAUAUGGGUACCAGUUGUGGGCUUCCAUCGAGACCCUCAAUAUUUUGAGAAUCCAUUGAAAUUUGAUCCCGAAAGAUUUAGCGAAGAGAAUAAAGACAAAAUUCAACCAUUUACGUAUUUGCCGUUUGGUGUAGGACCACGUAACUGUAUUGGUUCUCGUUUUGCCCUUUUGGAAACAAAAGUUUUAAUUUAUUAUUUGGUGCGAGAUUUUCAUCUUCAAGCUGCCGCAAAGAGUUGCGUACCUUUGAAGUUAUCAGCCAAUGGUUUCCAAUUGAUUCCGAAAGAAGGAUUUUGGCUUAAGUUUACCCCUAGAGCCUAAAUAUUCUACUUUUAUUUUUAUUUGUUAAUAUUGAUUACUUUAGGAAUUAAGUUUGGAAAUUUAAUUUGUAUAUAAUUAACUUUAUAUCUAACAAUACAUUUUAUUAUUUGUUUGUUUAUAUAUUUUAAUAAAAAAUGUUAACUUGAAUAA